CGCACUCCCGGCGCUGGGCCUGCCUAGUUGACGCACCCAUUGCGCCGCUGGCUUCUUUGCAGCGCUUCAGCGUUUUCCCCUGGAGGGCGCCUCCAUCCUUGGAGGCCUAGUGCCGUCGGUGAGAGAGCGGGAGCCGCGGACAGAGACGCGUGCGCAAUUCGGAGCCGACUCUGGGUGCGGACUGUGGGAGCGGACUCUGGGUAGCCGGCUGCGCGUGGCUGGGGAGGCGAGGCCGGACGCACCUCUGUUUGGGGGUCCUCAGGGAUUAAUGAUUCAUCAAGGGAUAGUUGUACUUGUCUCGUGGGAAUCACUUCAUCAUGCGAAAUCUGAAAUUAUUUCGGACCCUGGAGUUCAGGGAUAUUCAAGGUCCAGGGAAUCCUCAGUGCUUCUGUCUCCGAACUGAACAGGGGACAGUGCUCAUUGGUUCAGAACAUGGCCUGAUAGAAGUAGACCCUGUCUCAAGAGAAGUGAAAAAUGAAGUUUCUUUGGUGGCAGAAGGCUUUCUCCCAGAGGAUGGAAGUGGCCGCAUUGUUGGUGUUCAGGACUUGCUGGAUCAGGAGUCUGUGUGUGUGGCCACAGCCUCUGGAGACAUCAUACUCUGCAGUCUCAGCACACAACAGCUGGAGUGUGUUGGGAGUGUAGCCAGUGGUAUCUCUGUUAUGAGUUGGAGUCCUGACCAAGAGCUGGUGCUUCUUGCCACAGGUCAACAGACCCUGAUUAUGAUGACAAAAGAUUUUGAGCCAAUCCUGGAGCAGCAGAUCCAUCAGGAUGAUUUUGGUGAAAGCAAGUUUAUCACUGUUGGAUGGGGUAGGAAGGAGACACAGUUCCAUGGAUCAGAAGGCAGACAAGCAGCUUUUCAGAUGCAAAUGCAUGAGUCUGCUUUGCCCUGGGAUGACCAUAGACCACAAGUUACCUGGCGGGGGGAUGGACAGUUUUUUGCUGUGAGUGUUGUUUGCCCAGAAACAGGAGCUCGGAAGGUCAGAGUGUGGAACCGAGAGUUUGCUUUGCAGUCAACCAGUGAGCCUGUGGCAGGACUGGGACCAGCCCUGGCUUGGAAACCCUCAGGCAGUUUGAUUGCAUCUACACAAGAUAAACCCAACCAGCAGGAUAUUGUGUUUUUUGAGAAAAAUGGACUCCUUCAUGGACACUUUACACUUCCCUUCCUUAAAGAUGAGGUUAAGGUAAAUGACUUGCUCUGGAAUGCAGAUUCCUCUGUGCUUGCAGUUUGGCUGGAAGACCUUCAGAGAGAAGAAAGCUCCAUUCCGAAAACCUGUGUUCAGCUCUGGACUGUUGGAAACUAUCACUGGUAUCUCAAGCAAAGUUUAUCCUUCAGCACCUGUGGGAAGAGCAAGAUUGUGUCUCUGAUGUGGGACCCUGUGACCCCAUACCGGCUGCAUGUUGUCUGUCAGGGCUGGCAUUACCUCGCCUAUGAUUGGCACUGGACGACUGACCGGAGCGUGGGAGAUAAUUCAAGUGACUUGUCCAAUGUGGCUGUCAUUGAUGGAAACAGGGUGUUGGUGACAGUCUUCCAGCAGACUGUGGUUCCGCCUCCCAUGUGCACCUACCAACUGCUGUUCCCACACCCUGUGAAUCAAGUCACAUUCUUUGCACACCCUCAAAAGAGUAAUGACCUUGCUGUUCUAGAUGCCAGUAACCAGAUUUCUGUUUAUAAAUGUGGUGAUUGUCCAAGUGCUGACCCUACAGUGAAACUGGGAGCUGUGGGUGGAAGUGGAUUUAAAGUUUGCCUUAGAACUCCUCAUUUGGAAAAGAGAUACAAAAUUCAGUUCGAGAAUAAUGAAGAUCAAGAUGUAAACCCGCUGAAACUAGGCCUUCUCACUUGGAUUGAAGAAGACAUCUUCCUGGCUGUAAGCCACAGUGAGUUCAGCCCCCGGUCUGUCAUUCACCAUUUGACUCCAGCUUCUUCUGAGAUGGAUGAAGAGCAUGGACAGCUCAAUGUCAGUUCAUCUGCAGCGGUGGAUGGGGUCAUAAUCAGUCUAUGUUGCAAUUCCAAGACCAAGUCAGUAGUAUUACAGCUGGCUGAUGGCCAGAUAUUUAAGUACCUUUGGGAGUCACCUUCUCUGGCUAUUAAACCAUGGAAGAACUCUGGUGGAUUUCCUGUUCGGUUUCCUUAUCCAUGCACCCAGACCGAAUUGGCCAUGAUUGGAGAAGAGGAAUGUGUUCUUGGUCUGACUGACAGGUGUCGCUUUUUCAUCAAUGACAUUGAGGUUGCGUCAAAUAUCACGUCAUUUGCAGUAUAUGAUGAGUUUUUAUUGUUGACAACCCAUUCCCAUACCUGCCAGUGUUUUUGCCUGAGGGAUGCUUCAUUUAAAACAUUACAGGCCGGCCUGAGCAGCAAUCAUGUGUCCCAUGGGGAAGUUCUGCGGAAAGUGGAGAGGGGUUCACGGAUUGUCACUGUUGUGCCCCAGGACACAAAGCUUGUAUUACAGAUGCCUAGGGGAAACUUAGAAGUUGUUCAUCAUCGAGCCCUGGUUUUAGCUCAGAUUCGGAAGUGGUUGGACAAACUUAUGUUUAAAGAGGCAUUUGAAUGCAUGAGAAAGCUGAGAAUCAAUCUCAAUCUGAUUUAUGAUCAUAACCCUAAGGUGUUUCUUGAAAAUGUGGAAACCUUCAUUAAACAGAUAGAUUCUGUGAAUCAUAUUAACUUGUUUUUUACAGAAUUGAAAGAAGAAGAUGUCACGAAGACCAUGUACCCUGCACCAGUUACCAGCAGUGUCUACCUGUCCAGGGAUCCUGACGGGAAUAAACUAGACCUUGUCUGCGAUGCUAUGAGAGCAGUCAUGGAGAGCAUAAGUCCUCAUAAAUACUGCCUAUCCAUACUUACAUCUCAUGUAAAGAAGACAACCCCAGAACUGGAAAUUGUACUGCAAAAAGUACACGAGCUUCAAGGAAAUGCUCCCUCUGAUCCUGAUGCUGUGAGUGCUGAAGAGGCCCUGAAAUAUUUGCUGCUUCUGGUAGAUGUUAAUGAAUUAUAUGAUCAUUCUCUUGGCACCUAUGACUUUGAUUUGGUCCUCAUGGUAGCUGAGAAGUCACAGAAGGAUCCCAAAGAAUAUCUUCCAUUUCUUAAUACACUUAAGAAAAUGGAAACUAAUUAUCAGCGGUUUACUAUAGACAAAUACUUGAAACGAUAUGAAAAAGCCAUUGGCCACCUCAGCAAAUGUGGACCUGAGUACUUCCCAGAAUGCUUAAACUUGAUAAAAGAUAAAAACUUGUAUAACGAAGCUCUGAAGUUAUAUUCACCAAGCUCACAGCAGUACCAGGAUAUCAGCAUUGCUUAUGGGGAGCACCUGAUGCAGGAGCACAUGUAUGAGCCAGCGGGGCUCAUGUUUGCCCGUUGCGGUGCCCACGAGAAAGCUCUCUCAGCCUUUCUGACAUGUGGCAACUGGAAGCAAGCCCUCUGUGUGGCAGCCCAGCUUAACUUUACCAAAGACCAGCUGGUGGGCCUCGGCAGAACUCUGGCAGGAAAGCUGGUUGAGCAGAGGAAGCACAUUGAUGCGGCCAUGGUUUUGGAAGAGUAUGCCCAGGAUUAUGAAGAAGCUGUGCUCUUGCUGUUAGAAGGAGCUGCCUGGGAAGAAGCUUUGAGGCUGGUAUACAAAUAUAACAGACUGGAUAUUAUAGAAACCAACGUAAAGCCUUCCAUUUUAGAAGCCCAGAAAAAUUAUAUGGCAUUUCUGGACUCUCAGACAGCCACAUUCAGUCGCCACAAGAAACGUUUAUUGAUAGUUCGAGAGCUCAAGGAGCAAGCCCAGCAGGCAGGUCUGGAUGAUGAGGUACCCCACGGCCAAGAGUCAGACCUCUUCUCUGAAACUAGCAGUGUUGUGAGUGGCAGUGAGAUGAGUGGCAAAUACUCCCAUAGUAACUCCAGGAUAUCAGCGAGAUCAUCUAAGAAUCGCCGAAAAGCGGAGCGGAAGAAGCACAGCCUCAAAGAAGGCAGUCCGCUGGAGGACCUGGCCCUCCUGGAGGCACUGAGUGAAGUGGUGCAGAACACUGAAAACCUGAAAGAUGAAGUAUACCAUAUUUUAAAGGUACUCUUUCUCUUUGAGUUUGAUGAACAAGGAAGGGAAUUACAGAAGGCCUUUGAAGGUACGCUGCAGUUGAUGGAAAGGUCACUUCCAGAAAUUUGGACUCUUACUUACCAGCAGAAUUCAGCUACCCCGGUUCUAGGUCCCAAUUCUACUGCAAAUAGUAUCAUGGCAUCUUAUCAACAACAGAAGACUUCGGUUCCUGUUCUUGAUGCUGAGCUUUUUAUACCACCAAAGAUCAACAGAAGAACCCAGUGGAAGCUGAGCCUGCUAGACUGAGUGACUGCAGUUAGGAGGGAUCCGACAGAGAAGACCAUUUCCACUCAUUCCUGUUGUCCUACCACCCCUUGCUCUUUGAGGCCUGGCUAUUGAGAACUGGAAAGAGUAAAAUGAUAACUUACCUUAGCAUUGCCAAGAACUUCAGCAGACAACAAGCAAUUCUAUUUAUUUUAUUUUGUGUAUACAUCUUGAUCAUUAGCAAGACAUUAAGCUUUAACCAUUAUGGCAUCAUUUUGUGAGAAUGAUUGUUCUUUCACUUGGGCUGUUUGAGAGCAUAAUUAUGGUAAUCAUGAGAUUAAUGUUUCAUGAUUUCUACCUCCAAAGUGUGAAGACAAGUAAAAUAAUGUUUCUAAAUUGUCUUAUUUUAUUGGCGGAGAAGAUUACAAUGGCUAUUAGUGCUACAUUUGGUCAAAUGUAAUCACUUAAAUAGCUUCUUGUCACCUUAAACUAAAGCAGAAUAAAAAGUAUCCUUUGAAAUUAUAAGCCCUCCUUUGCUGACAGCUAUUAUUUUGUAACAUCUUACCAGGUCAUGUGCUUUCAGUUAUAACUGGGCUGAGCCUCCUAUAAUUACAAUGUCUGUAGGGACUGUUUUACUGCCUGUGUAUUUUCUGCUAGAGAGUUAGCAAUGUUACAGCUAGAACAGAUUAGAAUUUCUAAACAGUAUCAUGCACAGUUGGUGUGAGUGAUCAGUGUGCAUUGUAUGGCAUGCAUGGUUGUGAAUUAUUCUCUGUUCUCCAAAUACUGUUUCUUUAACUCAGAUAUUUUUGUUAGUGUCUAGGCCACUUCAUUUAUUUUUCGUUAUGGUACUUUACUGACUUCUCUUUAUUCAAUUCUCCAGCCCCUCACCAAAAAAAACUGUCUCAAAAUAAGAAUAUUUUGUUUUCAUGGUGAGUCUAGAAAACGCCCACUUCAUUCUGAUUAAAAAUUCUUCCAUGUUUUAAA